GCUGCAUCACAGAGGUCUUGCCAGAAUUUCUCUUGGAUGUCUCAUGAGUUGGCUGUAUCUAUGCGUGGAGUUCCUUCCUCACAAACUCCAAUUUUGUUGUUGACCGUGGCUGAUUUCUGAUGUUAACCCGAAAUUCAGGAACCCAUUCUGGAUCUCGUAUGAAUAAACCACGGGAACAAGAGCGUGAGAUUUCAAGUAUGUUGCCAACCAUGGAGGAGCCCCUUGUUGGGGGCAACGGCAGCACUGACAAGACAGGAGCGUCAAAGGAGAGCUUGGUGGUGAUUGAGGUCAAGAAGCAGCUGUACCUGGCCGGGCCUCUCAUCGCCGGAUGCCUGCUGCAGAACGUCGUGCAGAUGAUCUCGGUCAUGUUUGUCGGCCAUCUCGGUGAGCUCGCUCUCUCGAGUGCCUCCAUCGCCACCUCCUUUGCCGGUGUCACCGGCUUCAGCUUGUUGGCCGGCAUGGCGAGCAGCUUGGACACGCUGUGUGGGCAAGCCUUCGGGGCAAAGCAGUACUACCUGCUCGGCAUCUACAAGCAGAGGGCGAUCCUUGUGCUCACGCUGGUGAGCGUUGUGGUUGCGGUGGUCUGGGCCUACACCGGGCAGCUCCUCCUGCUCUUCGGCCAAGACCCAGAGAUCGCCAUGGGGGCGGGGAGCUACAUCCGGUGGAUGAUUCCGGCAUUGUUCGUGUACGGGCCGCUGCAGUGUCACGUCCGGUUCCUCCAGACUCAGAACAUCGUCCUCCCGGUGAUGGCGAGCUCGGGCGUGACGGCGCUGAACCACGUGCUCGUGUGCUGGUUGCUCGUGUACAAGCUUGGGCUGGGUAACAAGGGGGCUGCCCUGGCCAACGCCAUCUCGUACCUGGCCAACGUGUCAAUCUUGGCUCUCUACAUCAGGUUCUCUCCAUCCUGCAAGAGCACCUGGACAGGGGUCUCAAAGGAGGCGUUCCGCGGCAUCCUUAGCUUCAUGAAGCUUGCCGUGCCAUCUGCGCUCAUGGUUUGCUUAGAGUGGUGGUCGUUUGAGCUGCUGGUGCUUCUCUCUGGACUUCUCCCAAAUCCUAAGCUCGAGGCGUCGGUACUGUCCAUCAGCUUAAACACAGGUUCGUUGGCAUUCAUGAUCCCCUUUGGGCUUGGGGCAGCCAUAAGCACCCGCGUCUCAAACGAGCUUGGUGCUGGGCGGCCUGAAGCUGCCCGCCUGGCCACCCGUGUGAUCAUGGUUCUGGGUCUCGCGACGGGUGUGUCGCUAGGACUUAUUAUGAUUUCGGUGCGCAAUCUGUGGGGGUAUGCCUACAGCAACGAGAAGGAAGUGGUGGAGUACAUUGCUAGAAUGAUGCCGAUUCUUUCCGUGUCCAUCAUUUUCGACGACCUGCAGUGUGUUCUUUCAGGUGUUGUUAGGGGCUGUGGCUUGCAAAAAAUUGGUGCAUGUGUCAACCUCAGUGCAUACUACCUUGUCGGCAUCCCGGCGGCCCUAUGCUUUGCCUUUGUCUACCAUCUUGGCGGAAUGGGGCUGUGGUUCGGAAUAAUCUGCGGACUAGUCGUCCAGAUGAUGUUGCUGCUGGCCAUUACCAUGUGCACCAACUGGGAUAAAGAGGCUCUCAAGGCAAAGGACAGGGUUUUCAGUUCGUCCCUGCCUCCAGACAUGACGGCGACAUGAACAUGAGACAAAGAUGCAGAAUUGUUCUUUGGCUAGGAGUCUAGGACCAGGACGCUAGCUCUCGGCAAAGGAGAUAAGGAACUCGUCAAGAAUUUGGUUACCGGCUUCGUCUCCAUGUCACCGGCAUGAUGCUUCCUCGAAGGAAACGUCAGCCAACGAGUGAUCUGUUUUGGUUAUUUUUGUAGAAGACGUGAGAUGAUUGGGAUGUUUUCACGGGCAAAGUCAUGGGCUUGAUACGAUACAAGGGAAUAAAGUAAAAUAUGGUGUGUACUGAAAAUCCGCUGUAUGGAUGCAACAUUGAGAAUUUGGUAGAUUAUUAAUUCCUUGAUUACAAAUAUUAGAUUGUUUUGUCUAUGUGGAAAAACUGGAUUACAAGGAUGCAGCCACUGUUAUCAUUUACAGUGAUUACGUGUGUA